GUCAGGCUGUAUGAUCUCAGAAGAAGGUUGUGCUUCUCUGGUCUCAGCUCUGACCUCCAACCCCUCCCACCUGAGAGAGCUGGACCUGAGCUACAACCAUCCAGGAAAAUCAGCAGUGAAGCUUCUGUCUGCUGGACUGAAGGAUCCCGGCUGGAGACUAGACACUCUCAGGGUGGAGCCUGCUGGACAACGAUGGUUGACACCAGGUCCGUGGCAGUAUUCCUGUCAACUCAACAUCGACACAAACACGGUCCACAAUCGCAUCAAACUGUCUGACAACAACAGGAAGAUGACACGUGUGAAGGAGGAUCAGUCGUAUCCUGAUCAUCCAGACAGGUUUGAUUUCUGGGAGCAGCUUCUGUGUAGAGAAGUUCUGACGGGUUGCUGUUACUGGGAGGUCCAGUGGAGAAGAAGAGUUUCUGUAUCAGUGAGUUACAGAAGAAUCAGCAGGAAAGGAGACUCUGAUGACUGUGUGUUUGGAUUGAAUGAUCAUUCCUGGAGUCUGGACUGUUCUGAUGAUGGUUACUCUGUCUGGCACAAUAACAGAAAAACAUAUUCCACCUCUUCCUCAGUCUCUGACAGAGUAGCAGUGUAUGUGGACGUUCCUGCUGGAACUCUGUCCUUCUACAGCGUUUCCUCUGACGGACUGAUCCUCCUCCACACCUUCAACACCACAUUCACUGAACCUCUCUAUCCUGGGUUCAUGAUCUGUCCUGGUUCUUCAGUGUUUCUGUGUUGA